AGUCACGAAGAGACAAGAAAGACCCUGAUAUAUCCGCCUGCGAUUUCGCGUGAUGGCGCACCAUUCACACUAGCAGCUGAGGCAGUAGAUUUUUUAACAACGGAUUUAACUGUGUCAUUACUUUGUAAAAUAGGUGAACUUAAUCGACUUGGAACAAGAUGGCGCCGAACUACAUCCAUGAUUUUUCAGCCGAUCUCAUCUGGGUGGCGUCAUGCGCGCUCUCGUUUCAGGGUUAUUUCCUGUUUUUGUUACAUGCCAAGACGAUAAUCACUUUUAUAGUGUAGCUAUCCUAUAUUCUGUUUUGAUUAUGUGCACAAGGGUGCAUAGAUGCACAAGAUUUGUUUUUGCCCAUUGCUCAUUCUUUUAUUGAAGCCCUAUUGUAAAAGACUAGUUAAGGCAAAGCAUAAACCUAUUCCUGUUCCAACAUAUGCAAUUAUGAGAUUUUUAAUUGCCAUAGGUCUAUUAUGGCACAAGGUAUGACGUUCUCUUUAAACAAACAAAAAAGACGUUCUUAUUAGUGCGUAGCUACUGCAAUUUAAAAGAUAUAUUAUGAUAUAAUAGAGCACUGCCUCCACCUAGUGGUCCGUCUCUAGAGUAGCACUUUCCAGGUAGCCUAAAUGGUUGUUGGUGCUGCCAAGUCAAGUCUAUACUGCAUAACACUCAUCAUAACGCCACAAAACUUUUAUUAAACAAAUUAAAUACAAGCCUGCUUGUAUUUAUUGUUCAUUAUUACUAUUGCUGAGUGAUUUUUGUAUAUACAGAUUUGUACAUUUAUCAUUAAAAAGCAAUGAUCAAUUUAAAAAAGUGUUUCUAGAAAGGGUACUGUGGCCAAUCAACGCGGAGUAACAAUAUACGUCAUUUUGGCCUGUCCAAUCACAUAAACUGUUCUUCCAAGGUCCUUUAUUGACGAGGGAGAAGGUGACAUUUCAGCGGAUAGACCAAUACACAAAUCACUCGAAAGACUGUAUUUUCGCUUGAAGUAAAAUGUCUUAUUUAGGAAGGGCAGUGGGAAUUAUACGGACUAGUUCAAGGCUGCUUAGACGAGGUCCACAACGUACAAUGACGAGAAAUGGUAGUGGCGGACCGCAUAUUGAACCACAGUACAGACAGUAUCCACAGAUAACCAAGAAACAGAAAUUUGAGUCAGAGCUCAUCAGCGGUGCCAUGUGGUUUUGGAUACUUUGGCAUUGCUGGCACGACCCGGACGCAGUGUUGGGUCACUUCCCAUGGCCUGACGCCUCCGAGUGGACUGACGAGGAACUGGGUAUCCCACCUGAUGAUGAGGAGGAGGAAUGAGUCUAUCAUGAACAUGAAUCAAGUCUAAAGAAACUGAAGUGUUGUGAAUGCUACGUGUACAUAAAAUGAAUAAAUUAUCUUGUGUAAAAUAAAGGCUUCAUUUUUGAAGUAAACUUCUUUA